CUUCGUCUUGACAAAGGCAAUAGGAGGAACCCGUCUCUCAACCCUAACCUUUUUUCUCAUAAUCAUAUAUAUCUGAUCUUGACUUCGUGGAUUUGGAUUCAGAUCUCACAGAUGGAUGGGGUGAAGCUUUCGUUCCCACCGGAAAGUCCGCCACUUUCGGUUAUUGUUGCUCUCUCUCUCUCAGCCUCUCCGGUAACUGUUGAUUCCUCCGCCGCCGCAGCCACCGUCGCUUCUUUCGUCUUCUCCGACGGGAGGAAACUGAGUGGAACCACUGUUCUUCUUCGAUAUGUUGGUCGAUCAGCUAACAAGCUUCCUGGUUUCUACGGCAACGAUGCUUUUGAUUCUUCCCAGAUUGAUGAGUGGGUAGAUUACGCUUCUGUCUUCUCCUCUGGUUCUGAGUUUGAGAAUGCUUGUGGUCGUGUUGAUAAGUAUCUUGAGACUCGCACGUUUCUUGUUGCCCAUUCUCUUUCCAUUGCGGAUGUUGCUAUUUGGUCAGCUCUUGCAGGAACUGGCCAAAGAUGGGAAAGUUUGAGGAAAUCGAAAAAGUAUCAGAGUUUGGUUAGAUGGUUCAAUUCGAUUUUAGAUGAGUACAGCGAGCUGCUUAACAAGGUUUUAGCAACAUAUGUGAAGAAGGGCUCAGGGAAGCCUGUGGCUGCACCAAAGUCUAAAGACAGCCAACAAGCUACGAAAGCAGAUGCACAGGACAAAGGCAAACCUGAAGUGGACUUGCCGGAAGCAGAGAUUGGAAAGGUUCGACUUCGGUUUGCUCCUGAGCCAAGUGGUUACCUUCACAUUGGACAUGCCAAGGCUGCGUUGCUCAACAAGUAUUUCGCUGAGCGUUACCAAGGGGAAGUGAUUGUGCGUUUUGAUGAUACUAACCCUGCUAAGGAAAGCAAUGAGUUUGUGGAUAAUCUCGUGAAAGAUAUUGGGACAUUGGGGAUCAAGUACGAGAAAGUGACAUACACUUCUGACUACUUUCCUGAACUGAUGGAAAUGGCGGAAAAACUUAUGCGUGAGGGCAAGGCAUAUGUUGACGACACGCCGAGGGAGGAUAUGCAGAAAGAGAGGAUGGAUGGAAUUGAUUCGAAAUGCAGGAAUCAUAGCGUCGAUGAGAAUUUGAAGCUAUGGAAGGAAAUGAUUAAGGGAAGUGAGAGAGGCGUAAAGUGCUGCGUUCGCGGGAAAUUCAACAUGCAAGAUCCCAACAAAGCCAUGCGCGACCCGGUUUAUUACCGAUGCAAUCCUACGUCUCACCACCGUAUCGGGGAUAAGUAUAAGAUAUAUCCAACAUAUGACUUUGCUUGCCCGUUUGUGGAUUCCCUUGAAGGUAUAACGCAUGCCCUUCGGUCUAGUGAGUAUCAUGACCGGAAUGCUCAGUACUUUAAAGUUCUGGAGGACAUGGGAAUGCGACAGGUUCAGCUUUAUGAGUUCAGCCGGUUAAAUCUCGUUUUUACACUUCUCAGUAAGCGCAAGCUUCUCUGGUUUGUCCAGGAGAAGUUGGUUGAUGGGUGGGAUGAUCCACGCUUCCCGACAGUCCAAGGAAUUGUUCGUAGAGGUUUGAAAAUUGAGGCUCUGAUUCAGUUCAUUCUAGAGCAGGGGGCUUCAAAGAAUCUAAAUUUGAUGGAAUGGGACAAACUUUGGUCUAUUAAUAAGAGAAUAAUUGAUCCUGUGUGCCCUAGACACACGGCUGUGAUUGCAGAGCGUCGUGUACUAUUUACC